AUUAGGAGUUCGACGUCUUAAAUGGAUAAUCCUUAUAUAUUUUUAAAAAAUAUAUUGUUGUUAUAGACAUAGUUCAAUAGAGUGUACAAUAUAUAACAAUAGUGUAAAUAGGGACAAUUCAAUAGCGCGAUGGUUCAAUUUCAUGUUUUGCGAUGUGCUUUGUGUCAAACGUUUCAGGUGUUACAAGUAACUAAAGUUUCGAAAUGGAAAUGCAAAUUAUGCGGAGAAAAGCAAUCAAUAAUAAAGGUGUAUGGACAAGGAACUGGUGCAGAAUGUCGAAAACAUGUUCAGAAACUGAACACACUUAGAGGUCAAAUAGACCAAGAGUCACAAGAAAAUUGUUUAUUUUCAGUUUUAUCUCACUCUUCUCAGAAAGAUAGUUUUGUGAGUCAAGAAGAGUCUCUUACAAAAAAGGAACACUCAAGAAACAAAAAUACCAGUCGCUGGGCUCAGUUUCUAGAAAUCUCUGGAGAUAUUGAGGAUGUAGUGCCAGAAGAUACACCAAGUGGUACUAACUGCCAAAUGACCACAGACUAUAAAGAGUUUCAACAGAGCAACAAGAGAAAGAGACAAGAAAUAGAACAGACUAAGAACAAAUGGACUAAAUACUCUGUUCAAACCAACUCAUCCAAAAGUUUUAAUUACAAAUCAUCCAACAAUCAUAUAAUCAGGACAAAUUCAAACACUCAAAGUAGUUGUUCACAAGUCAACCUCCAGCAUUUGUCUGUUAAUGGAAACAACACAACAGGAUUGUCAAGCUCCAAUGACAAAAAGUCAGUUACAUCUACUUCAAGUCUGAACAAUGUUGAUAUUGUUCAAGCCAUUGGUCAGGUUAACAAAACAGAACCUGUUAAAGCCAGCUCAUCGACUAUCAACUACUCAUUUUGCUCCAGACUAUCAAAUAGUUUAAAUCAAGAAACUGUUUCUUGUUCUGAUGUCCAUCCACUAAAAAUAGACUCCUGUAACUUGACUAAAACAAAAGCAUCUGCAAAGAAUGUGAGCGGAACCUCCUUAAAAUGGGCAGCAUUCUUAGAAAAUAAUGAGUCAGAUGAAGAUUGUGAAGAUGAGUUGUACAGUGAUAAUGUAUCAGGUCCAGUUUUUGUGACAUCAUUGAAUGAGGUUAACCCUGUCACGAACUUAUCUGAAGAUGAAUCAUAAUGGAACAUUUUCAUAUAACCAGUGGUCAAUGAUCAAAUAGUAUAGUGGAUAAAUAUUUUGUGAUUAUGUUAUAAUUGGGUGGUGAGGACUUGGUCCCCCUUUCUUUUGUGUAAAUAGUUCCUUUAGGUUGGAAUUUUUCAAUUUUUUUCUUUGUGUUGCAUUGGAAAUCUAAGAUUUUGCCACUGGUGUAGAAAUAUUUUGUUUAUACAAUAUUUACCAGGAAACGGUAUGGUUAAUCCACACUGGGCCACAGAAUCAUUUUUGUUCUAAUAACCAGGUGGUGACAGUGCCCACAUUACGAACUCUGCCGCUCCAGAAUUGGCUUAAUCAAUCACUCCUGAUUCUGCCACAUCUCAAGACAAAACCAAAACCAGUGACUCAUCUGGGCACAACCAUUGUCUUCCAAGACAGAAGGAGCCAUAUACAUUACAUUAUGUCACAAUAUUUAACAUGUAUGCAGUAUUGUGUGGUGUGUCCAUUAUUAUUUUUUUUCUGUGUGUGGUGCAAACAUACCAAGAAUAUGUAAUGUUGCUUAAACAUUUAUCUAUUGAAAAUAUUCAAGUUCUUUGGAGUGACCUUGGUAAUCCCUCCUACUUGAGAUAUAUCGCUAACAAGUUUACAUCAACACAUUACUGACAUCACCAUCCCCAAUGUCCAUGUUUUAUUUAUUUUCAUGGCAGCAUUGAGCUUGUUGAUGGAUAGAAAAUCUUCACAUUUUAUUUCUUAAGUUCAAAUAGAAUUUUGUUAAGCCAAAAAAUAAAUUAGGAUUAGGUUUGAAUUAGUGAGUUGAUUCAUGAACUGAUAGUUCAAUCAAUAUUUGUGGUACAAAUGAUCUGUUUAGAUUUUUAUUACAAAUAAUCUGUUUAGAUUUUUUAAUUUUCUUUGGUGCAAAAUUUUGCUGUUCAUUGCUUGGUCAUCCUGAAGAGUUGAUGUAUCUAUUUUGAAGAUGCCUUUUUUUUUUAAUUUGAAACUGUAAGAGAUACAUUUCUUUAUUAUUGGAAACAUAAUCAAUUUUAAUGUUUCAAAGAAAUCCUCUUUCAAAUAUUAUAUAUACAUUUUUUAUUAAUUAAUAUUCACAAACUUUGUUAUUAAAUUUGUAAUAAGAAGUAGGCGCUACUAAAAGUAUAGUAAAAACAAUCAUCAUAUGGCUUACAAUGUAUGUCAAGUUUUGAAGAAAAGAUCACCUGAGUCUGUAUUAAAUAAUUUGACACUCUGACAAACAACAAUGAACAAUAGCUUGUAAUUCCCUUGUUGUACAUCAAACAUUUAGUAAACCAUGUUGGCAUUAUUAGACAUUAAAAAAUGUCAACACCUUACAUAUUCAAAUAAAAUAAAUAUGAAAAUCUAGGAAGAACAAUCUUUGAUUUAAAUAUUCUGCAUGUUGGUUAGUUAAUGGAGAGUGGCAUGUUUUUGAUGAGGCAUAUGUUCCAUGAGGAACUCAAAGGAGUGAUGAUGAUGAUGAUUCAUGCAGUGUUGUUCUGAAUUCAAUGCAGCUUAGCAAUUUUGUCAUCAAGUUUACCUACAUAUUCAAAAUAAUAGUUGAGGUUAAAAUUUUAAUUUGUAAUCCUUAUUAACAAAUAAUGCUUUAUAUUGCUGAAGUUUAAAGAAUUGGUCAAAACAGGGUUUAAACUUUUUGUAACAACAGGCCAGUUUGCUAUCAGGGAUAGAGGUUUACACAACUUAAAUAAAUGUUAACUAUAACAUUCCUUGGAAUUCUUGUAUUACUAUGUAAACUGUUCAAAAUGAUCAUUUAUAUAGAAUCUAAUUAUAAAGCUAUAAAUCCAAAUGGAUAGCCUGAUCAUGUUGUAUGCGCUCUGGACUGACGUUCAUUGGUCACGAUGGUCCCAAGUUCAAACCCUGCCUAUUGCAAUUCCGUUAUCUUCAAAUUAGAAGGAAUAUUCUAAAUGUGUGAAACAGAAAAAAACAACAACUUUUAGUUAAGAAUCAAAUUAUUGAUUCAAAACCAAUUAAUGAACAUCACAAACAACUUAAAUAUAAAUUAUGUUUCAUAACUCAUUAGGUCACAUUUAAAUUUGUUCUGUUUGAAAUUAUUUAUACAUCCAGACUAGUUAUUACAUGCCAACGAUAAUUUAAUUUAUCCUUUUUUUUUCAUUUUUAAUUUCCUUGAAUCUUGCAAGACAUUUUGAAUUUGGUUAAAAUUGUUCAAAGAUGGAAGUAGACCCUGAUUUUGCAAAAACUAUUGUCCAAAACGUUGGCCAUCAUUGGACAAAGAAUGAGCACUGUGAUGUGAAUGUUAUUAUUGGAGAGAAAGUAUUUGCCUGUAAUCGUUUUCAUUUGUGUGCAUGUUCAGAGUUUUUCAAUGUUCUUUUGCAUUUAGAUGACAGAAAACUUCUACCUGGUGUUACAAUCAGAGGCAUUAGUGAACAAAUAUUUGUUUGUGUCUUAAACUCAAUAUUUCAAGGAGAAAACAGAAUCAAUGAAGCUAACAUGAUUGACCUUUUAUAUGCAGUCCAUCAUCUUCAGAUCAACUUUUUAAUACAGAAAUGUGAAACGUUUAUCUCUGAUCGUGUGUCAGUAAACAAUUAUUUGAAAAUUUAUCCACAUGCUUUUCUAUCAAAGUAAGAUCUCAUUUUGAGUAAAGUUCUUGGAGUUAUGAUAAGUAAUUUUGAACUGUUCAGAAAAACAAAAGCUUUUUUAAAUCUCCCUGCUGCAACCAUUCUCUUGUUAAUUGAAAGGAAGGAUGUGGAAAUCUAUGAUAAUCUUAUUCAAGCAGUUAUUCAAUGGGUUGGCUAUGAAGAAGUCUCUACACAAUCUCAUUUCUCAGAAACUCAGAACAGUGUGGAUGUCGUAAAGCCUGUUGUUCAAAUUGGUAUGCAGGAUAAAAAUUCUGAUAAUAUAGAAGUCAAUUUCUGCAAUGAGAAUAUCAAUACUCAACUUGAGAAUAGUUCACUGAGUAGAAAAGAAUUGGUAGGACCUUUAAUCAAAAAAGCGCAUUUAAACUUGAUGUCUAGAGGAGCUCUUGAGAAAUUACUAGAGAAUGAUAUCAUCAUAGACAAUAAGGAAGCCAGAAAUGCAUUGACUAAAGAGAUUUCCACACAACUACAACACUAUCAACAACAAAUAGACCUUUUAAAAAAGAAAACUUCUGAUUCUGAAAAUAAAACACAAAUACCAACCAAAGCUGUAAGCAAUGCUUCUAACUCCUGUUCUCCAUACUCUAAUUUAGCUACUACAUCCAGUGUAACUGAUAAUCCUUUAAAAAAAGAUUGUCAACAGGUGGUCAUAUUUUUAAAUGAAAAACGUUUGAAUGCCUAUAAUCUUUUAACCAACCAGUUCUUCUCUUUAAACAUAAACAUUCGAAAUGAAAGAAAUAUUGAAGAUAUUAUUAUUUACAAAAAUCAGAUUUACAUUUUGAUUUGGUUUGAAGACAAUUUUCGUUUCUGCAAAAUCUCUGAGAAAAGAGAACUUCUCAACAGCAUAUCAAUGGAGAAUACAACAUUCAAAUUGCCGAAAGUAAUUUUUAAUAAGCCCUUUACAUACCAACUUAUACCUUCAGAACAUGUAAUGUAUAUAGCGCGCAAGAAAAAUGAUUAUGGAGGCUGGACUGUAGUUGGCGAGUUUAAUGAACCAGGAGGAGAUAAUAUUUUUAUGUUUAAUUUUAAAAAAUAUAUCAUUUCAUGUUUUAGAACUGUGGAAAAGCAAAGGGAGUUUAUAAAGAUUUUUUCAUUCAACACUAACACUAGAUUAUCAGAACGCCUUGGCAUAUUUCGUGGACAAUGUCAAAAUAUAGUCACUAUUACAUAUGCAGAUGUACUUUAUGUUUUAGAAGGCAAUGGAAAUGUGUAUGAAAUUGAAGAGAAAAAUGCAUUGCUGAGAGGUACAGAAGUAGAUAAACUUUGGGAUUUUCCAUUAAAGAUUUAUGGAGCAGUUAUUUUGACCAAUAAAACACUUUAUGUAUUGGCUAAUUUACAAAAUUGUAAACACAUAUUACCUAGAUCUUGUUGG